UUUAACUCAUUCAUAUUUUACUGCUGAGCACUACUUCAUCGAGACUCUCCCGUGAUCCAGUGCCGGUCGAGAAAUACGUUACAGAGUGUGCUCUCUUCGCUGUAGAGGAUCUUUGGUCGCAAGCUGCUGUAGCUUGACUGUGCAAAGACGGCAAGAAGCGACCGGCGGGGGAGGCAAAGGAAAGGAGAGGAAAGGAAAGGGGGGAAUUUAGGCUGUGUCCUGUAUUUGGAAUAAGCAAGACUAGACCACAGCUUUCUUCUUGACGUGAAACGAGCUCCUCGGUAACCUUCAAAAGGACCCGCAUUAUUUUUUUUUUUGACGGCUGCGGGGCAAUGGACCCUUUACCCCAUCCGUCGGUUUAAACUGUGAAGAAACUAACAGACGUUUGGUUUGUGGACGAAGAAUGGGAUUUAAAGGACAUAUCUGCCAGCUUUGAGUUGUGAAAACAAGGGGAUAUUUUCCAGCUGGAUAAAAAAAUAACCCUCGCGUCUGUAAAGAGGGUCGAAAUUCAGUUUAGUCCUGUUGGUAUUGUAGUUAGCUCCGGGGAAAAGAGGGAAUGUUGGCAAUUAUGAAAGGAGAGAAGUAACGUUUAAUGUUAGCUCGCUGGCUAGCUAACUAGCUAACCUAGCAGCCUGCUAACUAAGCCUCUGUCGCCCUUCCAUUCCUAGAGCAGAGGAGGGGCGCUGGGGCUUUGUAGCAUUGCAGAUCUGCCUAGCAUUUUUUGGUUGCUGCAGGAAUGGAGAAUCCCAAAUAUCUACCACAAGUCAGGGGGAACUGUUGAACUGCAUUAGCGCGGCGCUUCAUUUUUUUUUUUUUUUUUUUUUUUUUUUUAUCUUUGAGAAGACCCGAAAACAGGAGUGCUGAAGGGGGAAGGAAAUAACUGCCAGCUAACGUUUGGAAAAUCUGCCGGUCGGGCAGGGUCUGUAAUUGUGAGUUCUUUUAUGCGUCUUGUGGGAAUACUGAUACAAUGAGGAAAUACCGCACGUCUUACCCACCUCCCACAUACUGGAUAGUGAGAGGGAGGUCAUGAAUAGAUUUAUUUUAAUCUGGAAUUAGCUUCUGCUUCCCCUGAAAACAAAGUUUGUUUUUUUUAAAUAUUUAUAUUCAAGGUGGGAGAACUUCUAUCAGGGCCUCUUACGUUACUAGGCCGAGGAGGCUAAUUUGACUGCUCCUUUUUCUACACCUUUUCCCCUCAUCAUUACUUAAAACCCAGCAGUCGGAACCAUGUCGGGGGAAGUGCGUUUGAAGAAACUUGAAAAGCUGAUCCUGGACGGGCCAGCUCAAUCUAAUGGCCAGUGCCUCAGUGUGGAAACGCUGUUGGAUAUCCUUAUCUGCCUUUACGAUGAGUGCAACAACUCCCCCCUCAGAAGAGAAAAAAACAUUCUGGAGUUCUUGGAUUGGGCCAAGCCCUUCACCGCCAAGGUGAAGCAGAUGCGCUUGCACAAGGAGGACUUUGAGAUCCUCAAAGUGAUUGGACGAGGAGCUUUCGGAGAGGUUGCAGUGGUGAAAGUGAAGAAUGCAGACAAAGUGUUUGCCAUGAAGAUUCUCAACAAGUGGGAGAUGUUAAAGCGAGCGGAGACGGCAUGUUUUCGAGAGGAGCGUGACGUGUUGGUUAAUGGGGACAGCCAGUGGAUCACCACUCUGCACUACGCCUUUCAGGAUGACAACAACCUGUACCUGGUCAUGGACUACUAUGUAGGUGGUGACCUGCUGACUCUGCUCAGUAAGUUUGAGGACCGGCUGCCAGAGGAGAUGGCCAAGUUCUACCUGGCUGAGAUGGUGCUGGCCAUCGACUCUGUUCAUCAGCUGCACUAUGUUCACAGAGACAUCAAGCCCGACAACAUCCUGAUGGAUAUGAAUGGCCACAUCCGCCUGGCUGACUUCGGCUCCUGCCUCAAGCUCAUGGAGGAUGGAACGGUCCAGUCUUCCGUAGCGGUGGGAACUCCAGACUACAUCUCUCCAGAGAUCCUGCAGGCUAUGGAGGAUGGGAAGGGCAAGUAUGGACCUGAGUGCGACUGGUGGUCGCUAGGUGUCUGCAUGUAUGAGAUGCUUUAUGGCGAGACGCCCUUCUAUGCAGAAUCACUUGUGGAAACCUACGGCAAGAUCAUGAACCACAAGGAGCGAUUCCAGUUCCCGCAGCAGAUAACGGAUGUGUCAGAGGAAGCAAAGGAUCUGAUUCGUCGGCUCAUCUGCAGUCGAGAGCACAGAUUGGGUCAGAAUGGCAUUGAGGACUUCAAACAGCACGCUUUCUUCUCUGGCAUUGACUGGGACAACAUCCGUACAUGCGAAGCACCCUACAUCCCAGAGGUCAGCAGUCCAACAGAUACCUCCAACUUUGAUGUUGAUGACGACUGCCUCAAGAACUCGGAGACCAUGCCCCCUCCCUCUCACACAGCCUUCUCUGGCCAUCACUUUCCCUUUGUGGGUUUCACCUACACCAGCAAAUGUACCCUGUCUGACCGGGGUUGCCUGCGAGGGCUGACUGGGGAUUUGGGUCAAGGUGGACAGGAUGAGAUAGACAUUGGUGUGCAGCGCAGUCUGGAGGACAGCCUGGCCACUGAGGCAUAUGAGAGGAGGAUUCGCCGUCUGGAGCAGGAGAAGCUAGAGCUGACCCGCAAACUGCAGGAGUCGACCCAGACGGUGCAGGCACUGCAGCACCCGACAGGCGAGGGCCCACUUAGCACUAACAAGGAAGUGGAGAUCAGGAGUUUGAAGAGUGAGAUCGACAUCCUCAAGAAACAGAUCGCUGACUCAGGCCAGCUGGAGAAGCAGCUGGAGGAUGUGACGUCGGCCCGCAGGGACCUGGAGGACUCAUCCAAACACAUCAGGAGUCUGGAGAAACAGAUGAGGAGCCUCACACAGGAGAGGGAUGACCUGCACAAGGACGUCAUGGAGGCCAGUGAGAAGCUCAAGUCUCAGUCAAAGGAGCUGAAGGAAGCCCAUAGCCAGAGAAAACUGGCUAUGCAGGAGUUCUCUGAGCUCAACGAGAGACUCACAGACCUCAGGUCAGCUAAGCAGCGCCUGGCUCGCCAGCUGCGUGACAAAGAGGAGGAGAUGGAGAGCCAGACUCAGAAGGUGGAGGCUCUCCGCCUGGAGGUGCGAAAGGCCGAGAGGGCCAAGAAGGAGAUGGAGGCGCAAGCAGAGGAGCAGGCAGCAGAGGCCCAGAAGGAGAGGAAGCUGAGGGAGCGCAAUGAGCAGUAUAGCAGACAGCUAGAGGAGGAGUUGGAAGGGCUUAAGCUGAAGCAGGCCGGCCCUUCCACCUCCCUGUCCUCGGCAGAGCAGUCCCAGGAAGUGGGGCGCCUGCGUGGAGACCUGGAGAAGAAGACGCUGCUGUACGAGGAGGAGCUGGCACGCAGGGAGGGACAGCACAGCACAGAGUUAAAGGCCCUGCGCAAAGAGCUGCGGGAUGCUGAGGGCCAGCACCUUGCCCUGCAGAAAGAGAUCCUGAUGCUCAAGGACAAGCUGGAGAAGACUCGCCGAGAGAGUGAUGGUUGCAUGAGCCAAAGUGAGCGUGAAGAGUUUGAGACAGAGUACAAGCAGAAGUAUGAGAGAGAGAGACUACUACUCACUGAAGACAAUAAAAAACUAUCCAGUGAACUGGAUAAGCUGACGAACAUGUUUGAAAAGGUGAGCAGCACCAACAGGCAGCUGGAGGAAGAGAUGAGGGAGUUGGCUGACAAGAAGGAGAGUGUAGCCCACUGGGAGGCCCAGAUCACAGAGAUCAUCCAGUGGGUGAGUGAUGAAAAGGAUGCAAGGGGCUACCUGCAGGCUCUGGCCACUAAGAUGACAGAAGAGCUGGAGGGACUCAGAAACACUAGUCUGGGAGCACGGGCCACGGACAUGCCAUGGAAGAUGCGACGCUUUGCCAAGUUGGACAUGUCGGCCCGCCUGGAGCUGCAGUCGGCUUUAGACGCUGAGAUCAGGGCCAAGCAGAGCAUCCAGGAUGAACUGAACAAAGUCAAGGCCAACAACAUAUCCACAGAGUGUAAACUGCAGGAGAUGGAGAAUAAGAACCAGGAUCUCCUGGCUGAGAUCGACAGGCUGAAGAAAGAGACGGAGGAGCUGCGGCUACGCAGAGGUGUCAAGCACCAGGAUUCCCAGAAUUCCUUCUUGGCUUUCCUCAAUGCCCCCACCUCAGCCCUUGACCAGUUUGAUGACUCUUAUUCCUCAUCCUCAUCCUCUUUAAUUGAGUUUUGGGAAGACCGCUCGCCAUCCGUUGGCCCAGCUAGCAAAGGCAGACGUGUGGACUCUAUGGAUAACUUCACCCCCUCCAACACUCCAUCCCGGGAAGAGGACCCUAAGUCCCACCUCAAGUCCCGCUCACGUUCACCCUCCAUGGCUAGUGAUAUGGAGCCCAUAGAGUUGAUAGACCAUCCACCUCGUGCAGUCCAGACUCCUACCAUGCGCUCCGGGGGAUAUGGCAGUAUCGGACGCUCCUCUCCUAAGCCCAAAGCCCACCAGUUUGUAGUGAAGUCAUUCGGCACUCCCACUAAGUGUAACCAGUGCACUUCCCUCAUGGUGGGACUCAUACGCCAAGGCUGUACCUGUGAAGUGUGUAACUUCUCCUGCCAUGUAACGUGUGCGGACAAGGCUCCAGCUGUGUGUCCUGUACCCCAGGACCAGACCAAGGGCCCACUGGGUAUCGACCCCCAGAGGGGCAUCGGUACUGCCUAUGAAGGCCAUGUCAGGGUGCCCAAGCCAACAGGAGUGAAAAAAGGCUGGCAGCGGGCGAUGGCUGUGGUGUGUGACUUCAAACUGUUCCUCUACGAACUGGGAGAGGGAAAGGCCACACAGCCAAGUGUAGUGGUCAGUCAAGUCAUAGAUAUGAGGGACGAGGAAUUUUCAGUCAGUUCUGUCCUGGCCUCUGAUGUCAUCCAUGCAAGCCGCAAAGACAUCCCAUGUAUAUUCAGAGUGACUGCAUCCCAGCUUUCUCCCUCCAGCAGCCACAAGCCCUCCAUUCUGAUCCUUGCUGACAGUGACCAGGAGAGGAACAAGUGGGUGGGCCUGCUCAACGAGCUCCACCGCAUCCUUAAGAAGAACAAGCUUAAGGAACGCUUUGUCUAUGUGCCCAAGGAGGCUUAUGACAGCACCUUGCCGCUCAUCAAGACAACACAGUCUGCUGCUAUCAUAGAUCACGAGCGUGUCGCCCUGGGCAAUGAGGAAGGCCUGUAUGUCAUCCAUGUCACCAAAGAUGAAAUCAUUCGGGUGGGGGACAACAAGAAGGUGCACCACAUCGACCUGAUCCCCCAGGAGCAGCUGUUGGCGGUCAUCUCUGGCAGAAACCGCCACGUGCGGCUCUUUCCCACACAGGCUCUGGAUGGCCGCGAGACCGACUCCUACAAGCUGGCUGAGACCAAAGGCUGCCAGACCAUUGUCUCUGGGCCUGUCCGCAACGGUUCGCUCACUUGCCUUUGUGUGGCCAUGAAGAGACAGAUUAUAUGCUACGAGGUGAAUAAGAGCAAGAUGCGCCACCGUCGGCUGCGGGAGCUGCAGGCCCCGGGGCCCGUCCAGUGGAUGGGUUUACUCAGUGAACGGCUCUAUGUGGGCUACCAGGCUGGCUUCACCCGCUACAGCGUCCACGGCGACAUGUCCCCAGUCAGCCUGCUCCACCAAGAGGACCACACCCUGGCCUUCAUCUCCCAGCAGGGCCUGGAAGCCCUCUGUGCCGUGGAGAUUUCAGCCAAGGAGCUGCUGCUGUGCUUCAGCGCCAUCGGGGUUUAUGUGGACUCCCAGGGCCGCAGGUCACGGCAGCAAGAGUUAAUGUGGCCAGCCGUGCCUAACGCUGCCUGCUACAAUGCCCCCUACCUGUCAGUAUACAGUGAAAACGCUGUAGAUGUGUUUGACGUCAACACCAUGGAGUGGAUCCAGACCAUCCCUCUGAAGAAGGUGCGACCUCUGAACUUUGAUGGCUCCCUGAACCUGCUUGGGCUGGAGACUGUGCGGCUCAUCUACUUCAGAAACAAGAUGGCAGAGGGUGAUGAGCUAGUUGUCCCGGAGACGUCAGACAACAGCAGGAAGCAGAUGGUGCGCAGCAUGAACAACAAGAGACGCUUCUCCUUCAGGGUGCCUGAGGAAGAGCGGCUUCAACAGAGAAGAGAGAUGCUGCGUGAUCCAGAGAUGAGGAACAAGCUGAUCUCCAACCCCACCAACUUCAAUCAUGUGGCCCAUAUGGGACCAGGAGAUGGCAUCCAGAUCCUCAAAGACCUACCCAUGAACGUCCGUGUUCAGGAGAGCCGUGCCGGCUUCAGUGGUUCUGUCAGCAUCCCCUCCAUCACCAAGAACAGGGCCGAACCGGGCCGUUCCAUGAGUGCCAGUAGUGGACUGGGCAUACGCUCGUCCUCCCAGAAUGGCAGUGCACUACGUCGGGAGCUGUCAGGAGGAAGCUAUGGAUCCAAACGCCAGACCAUGACCUCUCCCUCAGAGAGCUCCCUGUCCUCUGGAGGGGGCAUGGACUGCGGUGAUGCACCCCUCUCCCAGUUCGACAGAGAGUGGCAGGCAGUCUCACCAUCGGAGAAGACCCCUGAUCUGAAAAGGGCUUUAAGGACCCUGCUUAGUAAGAUGAAGGACUCGGACUCCCCCCGUCACUCCACGGCCUCCAACAGUUCCACCUUCAGCAGCCCUCCCAGUCCCGCCUCGCCCCACAAGACCAAGUCCCUCUCACUGGAGAGCACAGACCGGAUGGGCUGGGACACAUGAGCCCCGCCCGCUGAGCGACUGACCGACUGACAGCACAGGACUCCAAUCCCUAACCUCCACUACGGCCUUCGGGCCCACCCCACCCCCUCCCAGGGCCCAGCCUCUCGCAUCUUAUCUAAAUAUUUCCCCUCACUGCCCAGAGAACUGCACCCACUGUCCACUGGUUCCUCCUGAUCUGCGUUUGCCCCGUUUACCCACUUAAAGCCCCGAUUUGUCCCAGUUGGCCCGCCCACUUUACUUGGAAGUUGGGGGCAGAAAUGUCCUCAGCAGCAAAUGGAAAGGGUCUGUCAUCUCUGAAUGAGAGAGAAGUUCCGGGAGAGAAGCAGUCAUGUGUGAUAAAAUACUUCUGGUAGUGUUUGUGUGCGCGUGUGUGUGAGGGGGCUGUAUAAGGGUGCAAACGUGUGUUUGUAAGUUUGAUAGAGGUUGUAUGCGCUUGCUAUUGUGUGUGUGUGUGUGUGUUUAUCAGGAAAGGGCAUAUGAUAUAGGAAUGAAAACUUCUCAUCCCCCGCCCUUCAGUGGGCUCCCUCGCUCGUAACCACAAUAGCUGGAGCGCUGAGCUUCGUCGACAGUACUUUGUUUGCAGCACUCGAUGCCCCUCUGUGUAGUACUCUGGUGAUUCACCUCAUUCAGAGACACUCAAAAACCUCAAGAUGCAACAAAAAAAGAAGAGGAUUACUAUCGAAAGAAAAGGAUUUGUACUUGUACAUAGGACCCUUUGGGUUUUAGGGGACAAUAUUUUAAUUUAUUUAUCAAUCUUAGACAAAGAAAGGGAGGCGCUUCACGGCCCGAAGCAAAAGAGAGGAUUUUUAAUCCUACAACUCCUUACUUCCCUCAGUUGUUUUCUCUUUGGGUAUUACUUGGGAACAGAACCGGGGAAAAUAGAAAACGUAAACAAAAAAAAAGGAGAAAGGAAAGCAAUGAUUUUUUUAAAAAAGUUUUGUUCAUGAAAGUAAUACUAAGUGACCAUAAUUUCUUCGUUUUAUGCUCAGCAAAAAGCUAUAAGCAGCAUUAAUAAGCAUCGCGGUCGGGGUCAGCUGACCCUGCCGGCUUGUAGAAGCUGACAUCCUAUCUGAUGACGUCAUCACAGCUUCCCUGUGCUACUCCCUCCUCAUUGGUCCAGUGUGAGUGACAUCAUGCAGCAGUCCAGGACCAUCCUCCAUGUAGCGUAGAGCUUCCAUUGAAGAUAACACUUCGCUGUACACCAAACUGACCAGUCUGCAAACACCUAUUCCCAUCACAAUAAUGUACAUAGGUUCAAAGUAGAGAGUAAUAUAUGAUAAGGAAAAUACUAUAGAGAACUACACGGGAAAGAAUAAAAAUCCUCGUUUCUUUGAAUUUUUUUCCCCUUUUUGUUUUGAGAAUGAUUUGGGGUUGUAUUCACACGAAAGCCAUUUUAAACCACUUUCCAGUUUUACUUUUUACUGAUUGCUUUUAGAUUUGUUUUUGUUUUCUAUUGUAUGUAUGACACGAGUUGUGUUUUUAUUUUUAUUAUUUUUUUUUUUUCACUUGGUUUGCGUUUGAGUGAAGAAACUCUUAUAUGGAUCAACACUACUGCCCGUACUGUAGAGUGAACACGUGCAUUUAUCUGACGCAAUAGUCCUAUCACACACAUAUAAAUGAAUAUAUAGAACUAUAUACACACACUCAGCACACGCACAUAAACACGUGUUACACACACUAAGGUGGUGUUUUUAUGCAGCAAAUGCCUUGUCCUCCCCCUCCUCCCCCUCCUCUCUGCUUCCAAUAUCAGAGGAGGGAGCACACUUUUCCUGUCUGGCUCUGAUUAGUUCAUCAUUGUCAACCUGUAUGGGUGUAUUUCCAAAUUCCCUGUGGUACCUGGAUGUAAACCACCUUUUCGUCAGUCCUUCCACUAAGAGGAGGUGUUGGGGGAAGCUUGUUGUAACCAAAAAAAAAGAAAAAGACUUUGCCCGUUAUCAUACUGUGUCUCUAACAGCCUUGCUUACUCUGAAGAAUGUUUUGACAUGUUAGACAAAAAAAAAAAAAAAAAAAAAAAGAUGCUACAGUUGUGAGAGCCGCUGCCUCCAGUCCACAAGCAGCGCUCAGGCGAAAAACGACACUAAAACGAGAAUGUAAAAACUGCAAGGUGAUGCUGCAAGAAAAGUCAGCACUUGGGUUUCUGUUCCCGACCUCUGUCCUGACGGAUGUGCUCAGAUGUCAGAUACUGUCUGCCGAUGAAAUAAUGUCAGUGCUAACCACUCUGUGUGGAAAUGAAGUGGGCUGGGUCUCUCAAAAGCCAGUGUUCCCCCUCCCCUUUAUUUAUUUUUUUUUUUUUUUGGCAGGGUGGAAAAGGCCUCCAGCAUAGCAGUGUAACUCAUAUGACACUAAAUCUUUCAACUGAAAUCAACACAGAUGCGCUACUCUAAUACGGCAGCUCCUCAGCGCAGUGGCCCUGACUAGUAGGGCAAACACGACCAAAACCCUGUUACCUCUUUCAGCUUUCAAAUGGAUCAGUAUCAUUUUACUUGAAGAGUUGCUCCAAAUCAAGUGAAGGCACAUUACAGUCGUAAAUCUGUAAAUGUAGUGUGCAAGCAGUGGGAGCAACUGUAUGGUUAGUGAUAAUCUAACAUGAAAUGUGUGGCAUUGCAUUACGUCGUCUGUAGCUUUCCAGUGUGUGAAAAUAACGCGCGUCCUCUUCUAAUGGGCUGAUGCCGCCUGACGCUGAACUUCAAGUAAACUGCUGCCAGAGGAUGUCAGUGCCUGUGCCGUGCUUUUUGAGAAACCCGGCCCUGCUUCAUAGGAACAGGUGAUUCACUGUGCUGAAACCCGCGAAACAACUCACUCCUUCCUCCAUCACACCUUGAGAUCGGGUCUCACUUGGAAAAAGAUUUGACCAUUUUAACCCGGCAGACGUGGUCGGUGGCCGUCACCGCUGGUUUGUACUGCGAAGACAAAGGGACCCUCCGUCUGUCUGUCUGUCUGUCCAGACGUGGGUGGACUCAAGUGUGUCAAGGCAGGAUAUUCCACUUAUAAGUUGUAUUGCCCUGUUGAAAUACGACUAAGUAGCUCAAAACAACCCAUUCCAAGUGUUUUUCUUUCUUUUUUUUUUUCUUUUUCAUUUUUUAGAAUUCCAUUUUAUAUAAAGAGAAGAGUUCUGGAGUGCAACACUAAGCUGGUUUUAUUCCAAAUAAUCACCACUUUGAAACUUCCUUUUUAAGCUAGCACGUCUCCUUAUUUCCUGCUGGGCUGUAUCUGUAGAAUGUAUUAGCUGGGAAUGAGGAAAAUAUCUAAGCCAAGCAUUUCAUUGGCCAAGUGUUUUCAUUGUACAAAAAAAUUUAAAAAACAAAAUAAAAAAUGGAAAAAAAUGCCCUGAAAUCCCCACUUAAGGAGAGAGGAAAAGAAACUCAGGAAAUGUCAGAACCAAUGAAUAUUUUCAUCUUGAAAAUGAGAGAGUGUGUUAUGACUUGGCAAUGGAUGGAUGGCAGGACGGUGUGAGUGAGGGAAACAUAAAUCUAGAGUAGAUGUGACCAGGGUGGAAGCGGCAGCGAGAAAGGCUUGUGAGGACUCAGACGGGUGUUUAUGAAAUAGAAAAUGAUGAAAUGGUUUCGGGGUGAAGGGUGAGAGCGGUGGUUUGAUGGUAGUUGCAGGCUGAGGUGCCACAGUGGUAACCGUUUAAGAGGAAGAAAAGUUGACAAAAAAAAAAAAAAAAUCAAACGCCUUUGCAUUUCAGUGAGGUCUUAUCUACAGUACCUUCUAUAUUAUUUU